AUGCAUUUCACAACAGCAGCGCUCUGGCUUGGGCUGUGCCUAAGCCGGACCUCGGCAAUCAAAGCCCUUGACAGCUCGCCGUGCGGAACACUCUGCGGAAAUGUCCUCAGUGCAACGACGACGGAUGACCUCGUUUGCAAGGAGCAGGAUUACGGCACGAGCGCCGAGGGCGGCGUGUUCGAGCGAUGUACGACAUGCCAGCUGAACAGCGGCUUUGGCAAUGGAGACGAGACGGACACACAAUGGCUUCUUUACAACCUUCGAUACGCCGUUUCAUAUUGUCUCUUCGGUUACCCGGAGAAUGAUGAUGUCGGUUCCAGCCCUUGCUUGACGAGUACCGCGUGUGAACCACUGAAGCGUGCAGUCACGUACAAUGAGCUUGAGCCAAACGGUACGGCGUACGGAUACUGCUCGACUUGGAUACACGACCAGUUGCCUCGAUGCGCGUCUUGUUUGCGCGCUGGCAGCAACCACUUCCUUGCCAACUUCAUGACUGUUUUGCAAGCUGGUUGCGAGCAGAUGCCAGUCAACGGUUCGAAGGUGUCCGUCGAUGGGUCGCCCUUCACAACGUAUGCGGUCAACAUCACCGACCCGACGCCCAUCACUACAAACAUUCCUAAUUACUACCCCGGGCCACUGAGCCUCGAUGCGAGGGUCGGUAUCGCUUUCGGGGCGCUUCUCAUCAUUCUCGUCGUUGUCGGUUUCGUCAUCAUUUGCAACGGCAGGAGGAAGCGUCGAACGUUUCUGAGAACCUACGACGAAAAGAUGAAGAAGGCCCGCGCCGCUUGGCCCACUCCCAUCAACACCUCGGGAGGCGACUACUUCGAGAGCCCUUCGAGCCAGCAUCCCUUUCGGGGCUGGGAUGACACACCACAGAGCCAGAAGCCGCUGAGGGACUGGGACAACUCUCCCCAAAGCACCAAUACGGAAAAGUUUCACCAGAGGUACUUUUCGCCUUAUUCUUCACAGUUCAACAGCCCAGACACAGCUGUGGACGGGCGCAAUAUGCCCUGGCCUGCCGACAAGCCGCAGAUGCGGACGGUACAACAGGACGUCGGCAUUGCGCUGGGCGGGCCUGAGCCUUCCCCUGUGUGGCAGCAGGAUGUCAAGGGCAAGACUAUUGGAGACGAGUCGUACGAGCUUCGGGAGGUCGAAGGAAAUUACGGCCAGCACUUGGCGCCCGCAUUGAACAUCAAGCCGAUCCACGAGCCGGAGAGACCCAUAUAUGCUCAGUACAACCCGGCAGACUACCACGACUCGCCGCAGGAGGAUCUGAGGAAAGGCUAUGCUUGGUAG